UGCCUUCCACACUCUUUCAAAAUUUAUCCUUCUUUGUAACUGAUUCUGUCUUCACGUUAUUCCGUUCUCGCUGUGCAUCGAACUCGUGUUCCUCGCGAGCUCGCGCACGCUCAUGAAUUUCGCGGUCUAAUUCAGCUCAGAAAGGGGGAAGAGGCUCAAAAGAGGAGAAGAAUCAGAGAGAGAGAGCGACAGAAAAGAGUGUAGGAAAUCAAAUUAUCGAGUGGGGAGUGCGGUGGCCGGAGGUGGAUACGAGGUUGGGACGGUUCACUGGUGGGUGGGUGGUUUUUCUUUCAAAUGGUAUAUGAUGCUUUGCAAUUCAUUGAGAGAUCGAAUUCGGCCAUGGCUUCGUGAUUAUGACAGGCUUCAAUCUUUCGCAGUUAUUCUCAUUUAUAUCCAGAUCGGGUGCGCAUUGGUUGGAUCCCUAGGGGCAUUGUACAACGGUGUAUUACUUGUAAAUUUGGCGAUCGCAUUAUUUGCUUUGGUAGCCAUCGAGAGCAGCAGUCAGAGUCUUGGCCGUACAUAUGCUGUUCUCCUGUUCUCUGCGAUUUUCCUCGACAUCUCCUGGUUCCUUCUUUUUGCCUACGACACAUGGAACAUCUCAUCUGAGAAAUAUGGACCCUUUUUUACCUUUUCAGUGAAGCUUACUCUGGCAAUGCAGAUUACUGGAUUUUCUGUUAGACUAUCGUCUUCACUACUGUGGAUUCAAAUUUACAGAUUGGGGAUUUCAUACAUGGAAACUCCAAUCCCCCGAGAGGCAGAUUAUGAUUUGAGAAAUAGUUUUCUUAGCCCUGCUACUCCAGUUGCAGUUAGAGAGCCCUCAGUUUCUGAUGAUAUAAUAGGGGGCUCUAUUUAUGAUCCAACUUAUUACUCGUCCCUCUUCGAAGAUGGUCAAGAUAGUAAAUGUCUGUCUGGGCUUCCCUAAGAAGAUUGAAUGUGGGCUAAUUGAAUUAAUCUAUGCUGGAGGUUAAAGGACAAAGCUAGAGUUUAAUGGUGUAAUGCUUGAAGUGCUCAACUUUUUAAGCUCACCUUCUUUGAUUUUGUGGGUCAUGUAUGCGACCUCUUUAUAUUGGGGUUGGAGCUGUUUCUUCAAGGAGUUUGGCUUGAGUAUGGCUAAACAUAAGUGCAGUGAGAUGAUUGAGAGGUUCCUUCUCCACCUUCCUUUCAUGGUAGGGGAAGGUUGUUGUAGCUGAAUGGGGUGUGUGUUGUUUUGUAUGGUCUUUGGGAAGAGAGGAAUACCAAGGUCUUUAAAGUGCUUGAGAGAGGUUUUGGUGUGACGGUUGGGCUCUUAAUAGGUUCAACAUCUCUUUGUGGGCUGCGAUGGUUACGCUGUUUUAUAAUUAUCUGUUAGGUUUUGUUUUUGUUAGAUUGGAGACCCUUUCUUUAGUUUGCCUCCUUUUGUGAGCUCUCUUUCUUGUACGCCCUUGUACUCUUUCAUUUUUUUCUGCAUGGAAAUUUGGUUAUUCAUAAUAGAAGGUAAACGACCCCUAUUUGGAGUGCCCUAACAAAUCUUUUUGUAAUUGUCCCUCGUUCCUUGAGUGGAGGCCAUUUUUUUUACUCCUCCUUGUUAGUCUAAUGAUGUGUGUCUAGGUUGUUGUUUUUAAUAAAAUCAUUUUCUUUUAGUAAUAACUUUGUUUCCUAUCCAAAAAGGGAGACUUGAGAGGCCAUAGGUUAGAAUCUAUAUAUCUCGAGUGAAAAGGGAGUCUUGAUAUGUUGUCUACAUCUAUAAUCGGGGGAAUAACAACUUUUAGGUCUUAAUAAUAUACUAAGCAUAUAUGGGGAAAUAAUAUUUUUUAUCAAUAAAAAUUUGAUUUUUGUACUCAAGCUGGAUGAUAUAUGCUAGUCAUUUUGUUGAAGACCAACCCUACCAUUGGUUCGAUGUAGAGCCUUGUAAAUGUUUGCAACUUGUUAUUAGGAAGACACAUCUCUCAAGUUGAUUAUGUUUAUUUCAAUUAUCUCAUUGAUGAAGUGAAUCUUUUGGUCAUUAUGUAUUUCGAUAUGCUUAAUUCACCAUUCGUUGUCCGAUAGGGAAAUGACAGAUGUUGUGGCUUUUCGUCUUUGAUUGGGUAGUUUUUGGUUGGCCUUGGGAGGGACGAUUAUUGUCUUCGGGGUCUUGGUCCUCCUGAAGGAUUUUCUUGUAGUUCCUUUCUUUCAUUGCCUGGUGAACCCUCUCCCGACCAGCUCCUUCAUCUUUUCCUUGCUGUAGAAAGCCAAAAUUUCCUAGAAGGUUCAAUUUUUUGUGUAGUAUUACUUUCAUGAAAAUGUUCAUAUCUUAGAUCGUGUUUCAAGGAAGUUGAUGGUGGUGUAAAAGAAUUAAAAUAUUAGAGGAUAAUAGCAUUUGUAUGCUUUCUUGUUUGGUGAGUAUUCUAUAAGGUACAUUUCAUGGAUUGGGUAUCAAGUUUUCAAUGGUGUUGAGGAUAGAGAUAAACAAAGGCAAUAUUUUAGGCUACAAUUGAGACAUGAAAGUUUUUUACGGGUGUCUUGAACUUGAGAAUGUAAAAGGACAUUAGUUUUUGGAACAGUUUGCAGCUAGAACAACUUCACCUCACCGUGAAGGUGCGUUUUUUGCAUUUUAACCACACUACUUUGUUGUGAUGUGUCAACCCAAGAACUUUGUUGCGUAAUGCCAUGAGAUUAAAGAUAGUAUCCAAGAGUAGAGUUGAAGAGAUCACAACUUUUAUUAGUUCAAUUACUUCUAAGUACUUUAAUAUUGAUUUGAAACUGAAUUAGGAUCACUUUAUGAAAGAAUGCAUUGUUAUAACUAGUUUCGAUUUACCUUUAAAAUGUCCAACUCAAAUGGGCGAUCGUCAACUAAUGAAAGAAACCAACAUGUUCCGGUGGCAUUUAUUUACCCCUUUAAGGUCCCUCCAAUAUCUCCAUGAAUAAGAGAGAAAGGUUGAGAUAGUCUAUUAGAAUGAGGUAAAAGAUGAAUGUGCGUGUGUUCGGAGAGUUGAAAGUUCUCACACUAAAAGAGUUUGCUAUUUUAUUAAUUAACAAAGAAGGCUACAUAUACUUAAGGGAGAAAAAAAAAAAA